AGAAAACAAUAAACAACAAACAGAAAGGUCGAUCGUUCCUUGUCAUGUCAUGUUAGUCCGAAGUAAUUUCGGUUUUAAUAACCAGUUAAUUAUGUGGUUUUUGAGAAAUAUCCAAAACGGGACAAUCUACUACGUUCGGCCGAGUAUCGCUAAACACACGGUAAGCCGUUCGACGGGCGAGCUGAUCAUCCAAGGAGAUCCUUCAAUAAGCCGGAACCAUGCAUUUCUUUAUCCUGAAGCGAAUACCCUCAAAGUGAUUGACGCCGGGUCGCGGUACGGAACGUUUAUCAACGAUGCCAUCGAGUCGGAGCGGGAUCCAAUAGCCAAAGACAGCCCUUCGGAAUUGCGACAAGGCGAUCGGUUGCGCUUCGGCAAAUGUGAGAGUGUCUGGACAGUGGGUCGGAAGGAGUUCGAUUGCAUCACAUCAACGAUUGCGGUGAAUGCACGAUUGAAGCAAGCAUUGCAGUUCCUUGGUGGAGAGGUGCGGGACGCGUUCGAGGAAGGAAGCACUCGAUAUUUGAUCAUGAAGGCCAUCACGACCACGCCCAAAUUGCUGUUGUGUCUGAUCGAUCAGAUUCCCGUGGUUAAACCGGAAUAUUUCGAUGAAUGUGUGAAAGCAGUCGAGCGAGGAAGAGAGCUUCCCAAUGAAAGCGAUUUUGUUCCGGAAUUCGCCGAAGCGUACGUCCGUAGUGAAGGUAUGUCAUUUGGAAAAGUGCCCGAAAGGAAAACGCUAUUCAAGGGAAAGACGUUUGUCUUCAUAAAACCAAAGCAUAUGAGUCAGUAUGAAGAGAUCGUUAAAUUGGCCGGCGGAAACAGCAUAUGCGCUCAGAAACGAAAGAUUGCGAAAUCUUUUUUCACCAGUGAGGAUGUGAUCGUGAUGCAGGCCGGGUCGGAUUCUCAGCUGUCGCAGACAUCGUCGCGGGCCGUCGAUGGUUUAACGCAGAUUGUGUCGAACGCUGGCCGACGCUUAAUACCGGAUGCGGAAAUCGGUCUGUCAAUUCUGCACUGUUCGCUGGAAAAGUAUUGCAACCCUCUGUACAAGUUCACCAAUGUGUUAGAUUUGGAAACGAUUCCGUUUUCAGAAGGCGGUGAAACAUUGGCGAAGAAUAGUGAAGAGUGUGUCGGGUCGUUGAAAGUCGGCGUAAAAGAGAGUAUCUCGAUUCCGGAGACAGAAUCGCGAGAUAGUUCACAAAAUGUUGACGUUCACAAGAGUUUGACUACAGAAUCAAUGGACUACAGUGAGCAGCCUUUGAAGAUUUCAGAAAAAGGUAAGGUUCAUGAUUUCGCAAAACCCAGCGAAACAAUGGCCAAGACUGGAAAAGAAAAACGUAAGCGGGAGGAAAUUCCACAAGAAAACAUUAGUCCAAAGGAGACUAAAAAAGUUCGUUCGGAGUACGCCCCGAUAGAUGAUGAGGUGCUGCCCAGUCAGUUGGAUAUUCCGGAGACUCCUGCUAGUAUUCAACCUUCACAAGCGUCCAACUUUUCAGGAUUCUUAUCGGUGAACCGUGAGAAUGUCAUAGAGGAAGCAACGCAAAAGCAGAAACAGAAACGACCUUUGAAUUUAUUGCUCGAUGAUGGUGAAGGUGAUUUGUUCAAUUUUGAUGAAACCGCUCCAAAGCGAGCCAAACGCCAGGCAUCGAUUUCCGAGGCGUUUUCAAGUUCGCAGCAACAAUCCCAAGCUAGCGAGAGGCGAUCUCGCCACCAACAAGCAGAAGACGAUGAUCUUUUUUCGUUCGAUAGUGGAAGCUCGAAGCGUUCGAAGCAGAAAAAAUGUGAUCAGCAAUCGGUACCACGCCUGUUAACAAAAGCAACCCAUCCUAGUACGACGAAUGGGUCUUCUGCUUCGGUUCAAACGUACAAACAGUUUAUCAAACCUAUCCAGAUACCAAUGGAUGGGUGGUUGGCGUCAACGUUCUGUGAUCUGAACAUCAAAAGUCAGAAGGAAGAGCCAGGGGAUGUGAUCAGCAGUGAUUCCAUGAGUCCAACGAAGAUAAAAAAAGAACCAAACGAUGAGAGCGAAGACCAGAAGACACGGAUUUGGGUGGACGGAAUGGAGGCGAUGUUCCAGGUACGGGUGAAAUGCAUGAAUUUGACAUCGCAUCGGCCGCACGGUGGAGAGGGGGAUGAGGCAGCAAGCCUCUACUCAACGGGUGAUGCAAACUCUACCGUUAAUGGUCGAAACAAUUUCAAGGCCUUCGUAAAGACACGUUUCCAUAUUUCUAUUUGCAGAAACAAAACUUCAAGCCGCAGCAAACGGUAGUUCGAACGAAACCAGUGUGCGUGCUGGACAACACCCAGGAUGACCACUUCUAAGGUUGUUCGCUCAUUGGUUCGAAUAAAAUGUUACACAAAUGUUAA